CUGCCCGUUGCAUAAACACAAGCACACAACCGCUAAGCACAGGAAAACAAACUGCUCAUAGGGAGUGGUGGUAUGAAGAGAGUGGAACAGGCAGAGGAGAGGUAUUCGAAGUUUUGUAGAAACGAUGGAUUCUGCCGUUGAGAAACACUGUGUGGAACUUGUUGCCCUUGAGCGAAGUGGUCACACAGCUGUAUUAGAGGGAAAUACUCUGCAUGUCUGGGGAGGCUACAUGUCAACCGCUGAGAGGGAAGUGUUCCUUCCCAGUGAUGAAAUCUGGUUGUAUGACUUAGAAAGAGGUGUAUGGGAAAUGUGUCAAAUGUCAGGAGAGAUCCCGCCCCCCAUGUCAGGCACCUGCAGCUGCUUUCUAAUUGGCCACAUGUACAUAUUCGGAGGAUAUGAUGACACGGGACAGACCAAUCAGCUAUACCGUGUCAACCUCCUGGAUGGGGACUACAGAUGGAAGAACGUGAAAGCUGAGAGUGGCUCUCCUCCUUCACCCAGAGAUAAGCUGUGCUGCUGGGUUUUCAACGACAGGGUCACCUACUUUGGUGGAUAUGGUCACAAGACACUUGAUGACAUCAUGGAUGACAAAAGCUUCAUCGUGGACACGGCAUCAUUGGAGCAGAACGUUGGUUGGGGAUGGAACAAUGAAGUCCACGUUUUUGACACAACACUAGCCAGCUGGAGGGAACCACAGAGCUCUGGUCGUGCUCCUGCCCCCAGAGCUGCCCAUGCAGGUGCAACACUUGGUCAUAAAGGGUAUGUCUAUGGGGGCCGAGUACUGGAAACCACACCAAGUGACAUUCAUUGUCUAGAUCUAGAAUCAUGGACAUGGUCUGAAAUAGUACCAACAUCCACUGUGCCAGGGGGAAGGUCGUGGCACAGCCUCACUGCAGUAUCUGAUAACACUUUGUUUCUAUUUGGUGGACUGAAUGUGGACUGCAAACCAAUGAGUGAUAGAUGGGUUUUAGACGUUGACACAAAGACAUGGAGGGAGUUUGACCAUCCAAACAACAACAAACCAAGGUUGUGGCACACAGCAAGCCAAGCAAAGGACUCUGACGUCGUUGUGUUUGGGGGUAGUUGUGACUACGUCCUCCUAGUAGGAACCUAUGGGAAUCUGACGGGCCACAGCCAUGAUGCACUUGUUUUCCAGACCCAGCCUUAUCCCCUCUUUCGGAUAUGUGUGGACUGCAUAGCAAAGAAUGUGAAUAACUGCAAGAUGCUUCAAAACCAGCUUCACUCUCUGCCCCGGAAACUACUGGAAGCUGUACAGAGGAGAACGUCCAGAAAUAUAUAAUACAUAUAGUGCAUUCAGAAAGUAUUCAGACACCUUGACUUUUCCCCGAUUUUGUUAUGUUACAGCCUUAUUCUAAAAUGGAUUACAUUGUUUUUCCCCCUCAUCAAUCUACACACAAUAACCCCAUAAUGACAUCACAAUAACCCCAUAAUGACAUCACAAUAACCCCAUAAUGACAUCACAAUAACCCCAUAAUGACAAAGCAAAAAUAGGUUUUUAGACAUUUUUGAAAAUGUAUAAAACUUUUUUUUUUUGUGAAAUAUCAUAUUUCCGAAAGUAUUCAGACCCUUUACUCAGUACUAUGUUAAAGUCAUUUUGUCAACGA